AUGGCACAGAGCCACCUAUGCCAAUGUGAAGCUAUGGCACAAGCGAACAUCAUGGACGCACUUCCUACAGAGUCGACUGCAGAGGAGACCGAAUACUGGUAUCCUCCGGGUCUGACAGGGUUGCACGUGUCAGUGAUCCACGACGCCGCCCGCGAGUUUGGCCUGGAAUGCCAAUGCACCGUCUCCCGGCCAGAAGAGUCGCAGGUGCUGCUCCGAAAGGGUGCCUUGGUCAACCCAUCUGAAACGCCGGUGGUUCAUGCGGGCAUCGUCUGCGACGGCUGCAACUGCGUUCCGCAAGGAAUCCGCUACCACUGCCGCGACUGCGAUGACUUCGACUUCUGCGAAGCCUGCCACAGCAAGUGGCAACGUGGCGAUCUUUGCCACGCUCAGGAGCAUCGAUUCGAUGCCAUGUCCUUCGUAGUCCAGCCGCGCAAAUUAAUCUUGGCCAGCGUCAUGAACGCUUUUCAACUCGCAGCAGGCCUCGGCCUCACCAAGAUGGUCGAGCUUAUGUUCCAGCACAGCGACGCCAACAGGCUCUUGCAAUCGGAAACGAACCAAGGGCACUCAGCUCUGCACCUAGCCUGCCAGCGGCGUCGACUGCCAAUGCUGGAGGUCCUGCUUGAAGCACGGGCAGACUGCAACGUGAAGAAUGGCAAGGAGCGUUCUGUGCUCGACUGCGCGACCAGGCUCCCAUCCUACAUGAAGGAUGACAAGGAAGAGCUCACAGACCUGGUGCGCACUCUGCUGAAGGCACGGGCAGAUCCGACCGUCGUGGCAGAGAAUGGCGACUGCCCUCUACAUCAAGCCGUUGGCCAUAACAACUGGAGUAUGGCCCAGGCUUUGCUCGAGGCACGCGCAGAUCCAAAUGCUCACGGCCUUGGUGGCAGGACUGCUUUGCACAUGGCGGCGCAUACCGGGCGCGACAUAAUUGCCAGGCGGCUCUUGGAAGCACGGGCAGACCCCACCAUCCGUUCUGCUGAAAGUGGAAUGACGGCAGAAGAGGAGGCACUCCGCAAAGAGAAGCAUGCCGUGGCUCGUGAAAUCCGCAACUUCGACAGCAGAUCUGCGUUUUCUGCAGGCCCACCUCUCCCGAUCCAGCGCAAGCAAAGCUCCGGCUCUUCUGCAUCGACCGCUGCCACAGAGGGCUACCUCCCUGCCGAGAUCAGGCCACAGAGUAUGGAGCAGUUGGGGACUGGAGCUGCCCGAGUUUUACCUGAGGUUGACGAGGCUGAGGGUGGGGGCGGUGGGGGCUCUGGGGCGCCAGGGCCUCCACGCCCCGCACUGCAUUGCGAAGGUAUCUUCGCACUGCGCCACGCCUUGCUUGUUUGCAACAGCUACAAGCAGGAUGAAGCUCAGGGCGACUUGAGCAAUGCCGUACCGACCGGACGCAAGCUGCAGCAUGCUCUUCUGCGUGCAGGCUUCAAAGUGCGUCUCAGUGAAGACGCAGACGGUACGGUGUUUGAAGAGCAAGUUUCGACGCUCGUCUGCGAGCUGCAGUCGCAACCGGAGCAAGAGCACCUCGUGGUCUUCUACUUCGCAGGCCACGGGGCAGAAGUAGCAGGAGAUCUCAUGAUGCGAAUGCCAAACGACGCUUCUGGGGGGUUCCCACUUCGAGCUGUGCUAGAACGCAUCCUCACCAGUGUGCCGAAAGUCGGCGUCGUGGCCUUGCCAGACUGCUGCCGCGAGAACUCCGAAGACAAAACCUUCCGCGCGUCACCGGCUGAGGCUCACAUGGCUCAGGCCCCCAAGGCCAAAGUUACCUCGGGCUCCAGCGUGGAUAUGGCCGGCAACUUUUACGUAGUUUGGGCAGGUGACCGAGGGACUUGCAUCGAGGACAGGUGCGAAGACAAUCUGGGGUUUCAGCUGGCAUCUGUCCUGAAAGAGUCCCGGGGUGCAAUGCUCGAUGAGAUCCUUCAGCUCGCCUGCGACCAGGUGCGCCGUCGGACGGGAAAUGCCGCGAAGGGUGUUGUCAGCCAGCUCCAGCGACCCUGGAUUCAGCGGGGUGAUGGCCAGAACUUGGCUCGGCACGUGCUGCGUCCCAUCCUGUGCCACCGGUGCCAGGAUUUCCGGAGAGGCAAAGAUCUUCCACAGGACAUGCACCAGGCUUCUCGCAUUCUCACUGCCGAGGGCUUUGCAAAGAUCCUAGAAAGUCGGAGCCCAUGUGCAAGUGGUGCAAGCAAGGAGCUUUGUGCUUUGGCCGCCCUCAAUGGCCUUGAGGCGCGGCAGCUCGAGGAUCCACACCCCGAAGCACUGAGCGCUUUCUUCUGCGCAGCGGCGAGGGCCAACGCUGUUCCGGUGCUCCGCUUCAUGCUCCACUUGCAUCCCGAGCUCAUCGGCCACCUCGGUUAUGAUGCCUUCGACUAUGCAAGCCACUACUUGGGCGGCAGGCCGACGGUAAGCGCAGCCCGACGGACACCGGUGCUGGCUGUCGCAGCAAGUGCUGGAUGCUCGCGAGAAGCUUUGGAGUUCUUGCUGGUGGCACGGGCAGAUGUCACGGCUCGGGAUUGCGAAGAAUGGACUGCUCAUCACCACGCCAGCUUUGAAGGGGCCUGCAGCUCUUUGGCCACGUUGCUGAAGAGCUCUGGGAGCGCCCAGUCCGCGGAAGCCUGGGCUUUGACUCCUCUUCACUUGGCCGCCUCUGCUGGCCAUGCAGACUGUGUGCGGCUCCUGCUUCUGAACGGAACCUCGCCUGACGAGGCUACUCCUGAAGGCUGGCGGCCAUCGGAGCUCGAGAAGGUCAUCCAUGCUGACCCAAAAGCAGUGCAGCAUCAACAUGUCAUUCUGCGACAGCUCGGGCAGUCCCAGAUGGGUAAGCCACUUGGACGACUGAGACCUCUUCAUUUGGCAGCGGCUGCAGGCCACCUGGAUUGUGUUGAAGCUCUUCUGCAAGCCCGUGCAGAUGCGAAUGUUUUGACAGAGGGGGAUCUAACGGCUUUAUUGCUCUGCCUGAAGAAAUGGCAUCUACAACUGGACAAGCCCAAGAAACUCGACGGCAAGAGGCUUCGGAACGAGCACAAAGACCAUGCUGGCAUUUUCGAUGCCCUGCUUGCAGCUGGAGCCCGGGACAUUUUCCAAGAUGGCUGUGAAACUGGCCUGCACGCUGUGGCGUUUCACUGGGGUUCCGUUGAUCCUCCCGUUGCGAUAGAGGUCGCCUCCAGGCUGAUUGACGAGGCACAGUCCUCUAUCCAUGCUCGCGCACGAGCUGGGGGCACUCCCUUGCACUGGGCAGUGAACGGAAGGAAUUGGGCUCUCUGCUCCUUGCUGCUGGAGCGUAGGGCCGAUCCAAGCAUCAGGAAUGACAUGGAACGUGCGGUCUGGGAUCUGCCGAUCUUGGAGGAAUCAGGCCAAUGGCGCAACGCCGACGGAGAGCUUUGCCGGAAGAAGCUCAAAGAACUGCGAGGAAUUCAUACUGCCUCGGCGACGAGUGCUGCCCAGACCAGUCGCAGGGGGCACGGAUGGCGACAAUCCAGCCAUGCGCUGAGUUUCUCCUUCGUUGAUGACCAGGCCGAGGAAAAGGAACCAGAGGAGGAGAAGGAACAACCGAAGGCUGUGCCCCUCGGCACCCAACUCUGGCUCAAAGCCCCGCGGCAACAAGAGAAGGGGAAUGGUGGGCGAGUCAGUGCCGUGUCCCAACUCGCCCAGCCCUCGGCGCUCGGCUGGCCCAACUUGGCUGGUCAGCAGACUGAUUCUGAUCUUUUUGCAUGCCAUAAUGCCAUCAGCACGACAGGAAGCGUAACGACAUGCAGCAUGCAGCGAAAUACUUAA